AUGCUCAGAUUCGCAGACGAUAUAGCUGUACUAGCAGAAAAUGAAAACGAUUUACAAAACACACUAAAUAUAAUGAAUGACACUAUGAGAGAUGAGUUUAAAAUGAAAAUAAAUAUUAAGAAAACAAAUAUCCUAAUAAGUAGUAGACGUGAAGAAGAGAGACUAAGAACAACUAACAUCGCAAUUGAUAACGAAUCAUUGCAACAAGUACAAGAAUAUAAAUACCUAGGAAGUUUAAUAACGGCAGAAGGUACUAGUAAAAAAGAGAUAGUAAGUAGAAUAAAUCAGGCAAAAUGUGCAUUCAAUAAGAAAAAGAACCUAUUCACCUCCAGAAGCAUAGAUAUUAACAUCUGAAAGAAUUUGAUUAAAACAUAUGUGUGGAGUGUGGUGUUAUAUGGUAGUGAAACUUGGACGAUUGCUAAAGCAGAAGAAAAUAGAUUAUUGGCUUUGAAGCAUGGUGUUGGAGAAGGAUGCAAAGAAUAA